AUGCGCCGUGAUGGUUGGAAAGUUACACUCGUAGGUAGUCGGUUCACACAUGCGGCAGAGACGCGUUACGCGCCGGUUGAGGGCGAGGCCCUAGCAGUAGCAGAUGGCCUUGAUAAAGGUCGACACUUCGUUCUUGGGUGCGACAACUUGAUCAUAGCUGUUGAUCAUAAGCCAUUGUUGAAGUUGUUUGGCGAUAGAUCACUGGAAAACAUUCCUAACAACAGACUUCGUAACCUCAAGGAGAAAACACUACGAUAUCGCUUUCGAAUGCUUCAUGUGCCUGGCAUACGACAUCGUGCUGCCGAUUGUAUCUCCCGACAUCCUAUUGGUGAGCCUGAGAAACUUGUGCUCGAGGACGACAUUGCAGCACUGUCAUUUUCUGCCUUCGACAUCGCCCACUUUGGUCUAAUGAGUGGUCUACGCAUGCCUUCAUCAGGACUAGCAUUUGUCGAGGAGCAUGUCGUGGCAUCAGCUUCUUCAACACUAGAUGCGAUCAAUUUACGAUCCGUCACCUGGGAGCGCGUUAGAACCACUACUACCAGCGAUGACAACAUGCAGGCGUUAAUCGCUCUGAUAGAGGCCGGCAUACCGGGAACCCGUCACGAGCUGCCUAGGCCACUGAAAGAAUAUUUCCCAUUCCGCGACGACCUUCAUACGGUUGAUGGUGUAGUACUUUAUAAAGACAGAAUAGUCAUUCCACCAUCACUCCGGGAAGAAACCAUUGCCUCUCUGCAUUCGGCACAUCAAGGGGUGACAUCUAUGACUUCAAGAGCUGACGCGUCAAUCUUCUGGCCUGGUAUCACGCCUGCCAUCGCCUCUCUACGCGCAACUUCUAACCACUGCAACCGUAUUGCUCCAUCUAACCCGAAUGCACCACCGACUCCUUUGAUAACUCCUGACUAUCCAUUCCAAUGCGUGUGUGCAGAUUUCUUCCACUACAUGGGCUGUAAUUACCUAGUGGUAGUUGAUCGUUAUUCCAACUGGCCGGUGGUGGAGAAAGCCUCUGAUGGUUCCAAUGGUUUAAUAGACUGUCUCCGAAGGACAUUUGUUACUUUUGGUAUCCCUGAUGAACUAGCAUCAGAUGGUGGACCCGAGUUCACUUCUGCGGCCACACGUCGUUUUCUCAGGAACUGGGGCGUUCACCAUAGACUGUCAUCUGUAGCUUUUCCCCAUAGUAACUGCCGUGCUGAAGUGGGAGUCAAAACAGUGAAGCGUCUGAUCACUGGCAACACCAGUCCCAAUGGCGACUUAAACACCGACGCAUUCCAACGCGCUAUUCUCCAGUAUCGUAACACACCUGACAGAGACACAAAACUAUCCCCUGCUAUGUGCGUGUUCGGUCGUCCUAUACGAGACUUUAUUCCUAUACCACCCGGUCGGUACAUUCCACACAACACUUGGCUGGAGACUUUAGCAGCUCGCGAGGAGGCUUUACGGAAUCGUCACAUGCGAGAAAGUGAACGUUGGUCUGAACACACCAAACGCCUCUCACCUCUUGCAGUUGGAGAUCAUGUACGCAUCCAAAAUCAAGUUGGUCCUCACCCCCUUAAAUGGGACAAGACUGGAAUCAUUACCGAAGUUCGCCAGUUUGAUCAAUAUGUAGUUCGGGUUGACGGAUCUGGCCGUGUUACCUUACGCAACAGGAAAUUCCUAAGGAAGUAUAUCCCAGUCGUUACACCACCAGCGCGCUACACAAUUGACAAUCAAAUUGGACUCUCCCAUCGUACGACGUCUCCUGCUUCUAACGCCCCAGACACCGUCGUCGGUGAAGAAAGCAACCCUCCCCGUAAGGAUACGAGUCCUCCACCAUCCACUCCGUUGACUACUAGAACCAUACAACGUUCGCCUCGUUCAUCCUCUGAUGUUGAUCACCCUUCACCACCAUUUGGUAUUCGAGAAAUCUUCAGUCGACGUCAUCUAGCGUUUGAUUCUCCUGCGACCCCAGUGAGCAAAAUCACCACACCCGGGCCCGGCAACGAUGCCAUCUAUCUCGACACAUACGCCACAAGCAGUAGUAGUUCCGUCCCCUGCAACAAUCCGGACUUCUGGUCGUGCCACAAAGAAACCAGCUUGGCAUUCAGAUUAUAA